AAAUCGGUCAUCGGUAAUCGAUGACAUGUUUUUUCAUUUUAUAACGGCCAUUUUACGUAAAGAAACGAGAGGACAGAGGAAGUUAGAGUACUCUGUAGCCUUCUUCGUGUCUUGGUUCACUUUUCUUUUAACGCGUCCACUCCGACGUCAUUUUGUUCUCGUGACAUCGUCCUCAUAAGCCCUAUAUAGUGUCUUUCCGUGUUUUUGUCUAGGUUAGGAUCAACAUUGAAUUCAAAAACGACUUUGUUAAGCGUAGCUUUACUGUUCCUAUCGUAAAACCGAUCUGUACGUUUUAAAUUUUAAUCCGUUUCAAUCAGCUUGAGUAUUAAUCAUGAAGACUUUCAUCUCUUACACAUUUGUACUUUAUUGUUUCGUGGUAUGGUCAAUGACAGUGAAUAGUCAUUAUAUCCAAAAGAAUAUUUUGAAAAGAAUUUCUAGAAGCAAUUUACAGGAGGUUAAUAAUUUAAUUUCGUCCAGCUCUACUAUAUCUACUAAACCUAAUGAGAAUGUUGGAGGUAUUGACUCAAUAGUCAGUUCUACAUUAUUUACCACUAAUGUUCCAAUUGAAACAUCUUUAACCUCAGAGAUGACAACAUUACGUCAUCAGAAUAAUAGUAUUAAUGAAGUUGAUACUUUCCAAAACACAUUGCCAGACCAAAAUUAUGGUAAUUUUGUAAUAGUUAUUUUUUUCUCUGCAAUGUUAAUACUGAUUUUGGGAUUAUUGUUCAUUGUUAUGUAUAAGAAACAUGGUAAUUCGUUCUAUCAAGUAAGAGGAAUACGUCGUAAUCAUCAAGAAACUCCAGCUUGAAGUAUUUUAUUGUGUUAUGGUUUAUGAACCUUUUUCUGGUUCAUUUUUCUAUGUAUUUUUUUUUCUUAAUGAUUUUUUAUCAACUUACUUUAUUAAGCCCAACAAGGUGUAUGGGAAAAUUUUUGAACUAAAUUUUAAAAAAGAAGACUCAAAUAUUUUUAUUUUAUAACUGAUUAUUUUAAACCUAAAAAGAAGUAUUUAUUAUAAUUUUUUUUUUAAGUAUAAGUUUGAUAUAAUAAAUUAAAGUAUUCAAGAAUUUA